GGUCAUGUCCUUGAACUAGCGGAGCAGUCUGAGAAUAAGACCUUGGCGGUAUUUUCCCAAGUAUACCGACGCAUGGUGCCUCAGUACAGCGAAUUGAUAUGUCAGCUCUAUUCGGGGAUCAUGAACCACUUGAGGAAUGCGAAUAGUAAUGGUAUGAACACCGGCAGCAGCAGCAGCAGCAGUGGCAGCAGCAGCAGCAGCGGCAACAACCUGAGCAAUCUAGAAGAUGCCAUACAGAAAUUCUUUGUGAAUCUCUUUCCGGUCGCCUAUCAUCAGGCGGUGCACUUGAGCAAGGAUAAUUAUGGCGAAUUACAUGAGGAUUAUAUCAAUUGCUUGAAGCACACAUUCGACGAUCUGCAACCAUUCGGCAGCAUACCCAAGGAGAUCAAACGCAAUUUGCUUCAAAGCGUACAAACGGCGAGCAUCUUCUUGAAUUCACUGCAACAGAGCGCUGAAGUGCUUAGUGAGACUGAUGAAUUGUAUGCCAUGUAUCUGACCGACAACUGUCAGAAGCAUUUGCUCAAGAUGAGCUACUGUCCGAGCUGUAAUGGAUAUCAGAAGACACAAGUGAAAGCGUGCUACAGCUACUGCAUGAAUGUGCUGCGUGGCUGCUCGGCUCAAUACGCUGGCGUAUUGGAUAGCCCUUGGUCGAAUGUGGUGGAUGCUAUACAAAAUUUAGUGACGACGCACAUACGAUCGGACAGUGGCAUUGUAACAACAAUCAAGCAGCUGGAUAUAAAGUUGUCCGAAACCAUUAUGCGGGCUAUGGAAAAUGGACCUAACCUAGAAAUGAAGGUCAAGAAAACAUGUGGCACGCCAAAACUUUUGCCCUCACUAACAGCAGAAAAUGAUCUACGCCCUCUGCAGCCGCACAACAUUAAAUGGGCAACCCCACCGGAUGCGGAAAUUCUGCACUUCCAAUCAACCAUAGACAAAUCCAAGGAAUUCUACUCGAACAUCGUCAACAAUGUGUGCGAAGACGAUGACAUCCAACGAAAUGAUCACAACUGUUGGACAGGCGAUCGUGUUGGCGACUACACCCAACUAGUUAUGACCCAAGGUGUAGACACACAACGGUACAAUCCCGAGGUGCCGCUGGUGCCAAGCUCGCAAUCGACGAAAUUGAAUGAACUGAUGGACAAGUUGAUCAAGGUGCGCAAGAACAUCGGAACGGCGGUAAGUCGAGCGAGCGCCAAAAAUACGAAAAAUAAUACAUAUGUACGUAUUCAUAAUCGUCGUUAUUUUCCCACUUAG